GCUCUCCAGCCGCCAUCACGCUUCUGUCAUUGCAGCGGCUUGAUCCUUGAGCAGUAAAAGCAGCAAAAUGGCAGGUCGACGUGCAGCCGUGAAGGCCAUUGAUUGGCUGGCUUUUGCAGAGAGGGUCCCACCGAACCAGAGGGCCAUGUUCAACAGUCUGAAGACCCGCAGCGAUGCCAUCUCAGCAAAACUUGCAUCUUUGCCAGAGAAACCAUCUACGAUCAACUGGAGCCACUACAGAGCAGUGGUGGCCAAAGCAGGCAUGGUGGAUGAGUUUGAGAAGAAGUUUGCCGGACUGACUGUUCCUGAGCCUGUGGACACUCAGACUGCCAAGAUUGAUGCUCAGGAGCAGGAGGCUAACAAGUCUGCAGCUGCUUACCUGGAAGCAUCUAAAGCUCGUAUUGCAGAGUAUGAAAAGGAGCUUGAGAAGUUCAGGAACAUGAUCCCCUUCGAUCAGAUGACCAUCGAGGAUCUCAACAACACCUUCCCAGAGACCAAGCUGGACAAGCAGAAGUAUCCAUACUGGCCAUACAAGCCUGUAGCUGACCUGUAAAUUAUUAUCAGCAAAAUCAGAGCUUCCCGAGCCUGAGGCUGAUCUGUAUAGUCUGGUCUGAGUAAAGCUUCCGCUGUUGAAGUGAUUCCAAUCGUCAAAUGACUCAUCGCUCUUUUGUUUGUCAAUGGAAAUGGAAAAAAUAAUAAAUAAAUUGUUUAAAUAUAUUA